AUGUUCCUCUCUACUGCCCGCCAGACUGUCCCUGCAUCGCACUUCGUGUCCGGUCGAUUCCAAUUGACUACACUCUCCCGUCGUGCCUACAGCACUCCAUCUCGCCCGCCACCACCACCGCCACGCCCCUCAUCCUCCCCCCCCAUACCAACCGCUCGCAUUUCAAGAUCCUCCCAAUCCUCGCCAUCAUCGGCCUCGGCUCAGGAUCCUACGUCCUCCUAG